AUGAAGAGAGGUUGUCAGGAGGUGCGUGCGAGGCCCACGAAAGUCUGCGAAAAACGAGCCGAAAAACCGGUCAACGAGAGAGCUCUUAGGGUUGUUGACGGGGAAUUGUGCAAAGGCGAUACGGAGGCGCCGCAAGACAACGCUGAAGAUGAGGCGAUGAAGGGGCGGACUAUGAGAGACAGGAGUGAGUUGUUGCAGCGGAGAAAGAGAGAAAAACGGCUUAGAAGCGAUGUUGUGCAGAGAGGAAUGUCGCACGGUAGUCGUGGGUGGUUGACGAUGGAUCGAGGGACGGGAUGGGUUUUUAUGGGUUGA